AUGUCAAGGUUUUUGCGCCAUCUAGUCUCCUCUGAAGUACUGGCAGCUGAGCCUGUGGAUGAUGACACCAGCUUACCCCCUUCAAAGAGACUCAACUUUAUUGCUGAUGUGGUGGAAAAGGCUGCACCAUCGGUCUGCUACUUAGAGAUUCGUGGACCGCAUCCCCUCAGCAGACAAAUGACAACUCUUUCAAAUGGUUCUGGAUUCAUUAUUCGAGAGGAUGGCCUUAUUUUGACCAACGCUCACGUAGUUGCGCCUAAACAAAAACAUAACCUCAAGCUGACAGUGGUUCUCGGUGAUGGAAGGAAGUUUGAUGGGGUUAUUCAAGCCUUUGAUCCAGUAACUGAUUUGGCAACAAUAAAAAUCAAAGCUAGUGGAUUGCCUGUCCUAAAACUUGCUUCGUCUUCAAACAUCCGACCAGGCGAAUGGGUUGUGGCAAUGGGAAGUCCAUUGUCCUUGAGUAACACGGUCACUUGUGGUAUAGUCAGCUCGAUAAACCGUGGCUCGAAAGAAUUGGGUAUACAGAACAAGGAUAUGGAGUAUAUUCAGACUGAUGCUGUUAUAAAUUUUGGAAAUUCUGGUGGUCCUUUAGUCAAUUUGGAUGGUGAAGCAAUAGGUAUCAACACAAUGAAAGUAACGACUGGUAUCUCGUUCGCUAUACCUUCCGACUAUGCAAAACAGUUCCUGGAUAAAGCCGAGAUUCUUGAGAAAAGGAUUGCAGCUAGAGGAUCAGGAUGGUUUGGUUCGAGUAAACCAGCAGAGCCAAAGCGACGUUACAUGGGUGUGACGAUGCUGACCUUGACCCCAAGCAUUGUCAGCGAGCUCCGGAUGAGGAUGACCUUUCCGUCUGUUGAGUCUGGGGUGUUGGUCCACAAGGUUGUGGUUGGUUCGCCAGCAUAUCACGGUGGUGUUCGUCCAGGUGACGUCAUCGUGAAAGUUAAUGGGAAUCCUGUAAAAUCAGCCACAGACAUUUACAAGGCUGUGGAGUCGUCGCAGGACUUGGAUCUGACAGUGCACCGUGGCGAUGCAACAGUCAAUUUGACCGUUGAGCCCGAAGAUGUGGAAUGAGAUUCAAAGAAUUGAUAUCAAGCAGUCAAGGACACUUGCCGCAUCGGGAGGUAACCGUCUGAUCAGGAGGUCAGAUCCGCCCGAUGCGGAAUAUUUUUGAAUUAAAACCAAGUCACAAUUGUUUCGAGUAGCAU